AUGCUCCGGAAUACGGGGACGAGCAGCGCCUGGAAGGAAAAAUAUCGGUGCAGCUAUUGCUCAGUCUGGAACGGUCAUCAUAGCCUCGCUACCGAAACACACAUCAACCGGGAGAAUCACCCAAAAAGGAAGAUACAGGGCGCCCUAAGGGGAUGCGUAGCUUCUGACUCGAGCAGGGCUCGCUCCGCUUCCUUCGCUUUGACGUACCCUGUCAGGGUACGGCGCGUCGGCAUCACCGGUGCAGCGCUGUCAGCUGUUCCAAAGCGUCUUGAAGGUUUCGAUCAAAUCGUCGUGCGACAACGUAACGGACACUCAGGGCAGACGAUGCGAACCGUCCUGAUUGUAGGAUCAGUGAUGUGUAUACACGUUUCACAGAGGACCUCGAAGUUUCGGUGCGCCUGUCGUCGCUUCGAAGACCUACAGCGUCGGUGCCAAUACGUACCAACGUGA